UUAUGGCUCGAGUGGCCGCUGUGGCGUUCUAUAAAACCCGGCGGCGCAACGCGCAGCCACUGUCGAGUCCGCGUCCACCCGCGAGCACAGGCCUCUCGCAGCUUUCUUCGCCGCUCCACACCCGCCACCAGUUCGCCAUGGAUGACGAUAUCGCUGCGCUCGUUGUCGACAACGGCUCCGGCAUGUGCAAAGCCGGCUUCGCGGGCGACGAUGCUCCUCGGGCCGUCUUCCCCUCCAUCGUGGGCCGCCCUAGGCAUCAGGGUGUGAUGGUGGGCAUGGGCCAGAAGGACUCCUACGUGGGCGACGAGGCCCAGAGCAAGAGAGGCAUUCUGACCCUGAAGUACCCUAUUGAACACGGCAUUGUCACCAACUGGGACGAUAUGGAGAAGAUCUGGCACCACACCUUCUACAAUGAGCUGCGUGUGGCCCCUGAGGAGCACCCCGUGCUGCUCACUGAGGCCCCCCUGAACCCCAAGGCCAACCGUGAAAAGAUGACCCAGAUCAUGUUUGAGACCUUCAACACCCCAGCAAUGUACGUGGCCAUUCAGGCCGUGCUGUCCCUGUAUGCCUCUGGUCGUACCACUGGCAUUGUGAUGGACUCCGGAGACGGGGUCACCCACACUGUGCCCAUCUAUGAGGGCUACGCUCUCCCUCAUGCCAUCCUGCGUCUGGACCUGGCUGGCCGGGACCUGACAGACUACCUCAUGAAGAUCCUGACCGAGCGUGGCUAUAGCUUCACCACCACAGCCGAGAGGGAAAUCGUGCGUGACAUCAAAGAGAAGCUGUGCUAUGUUGCCCUGGACUUCGAGCAAGAGAUGGCCACUGCUGCAUCCUCUUCUUCCCUGGAGAAGAGCUAUGAGCUGCCUGAUGGCCAGGUCAUCACUAUUGGCAACGAGCGGUUCCGCUGCCCUGAGGCUCUUUUCCAGCCUUCCUUCCUGGGUAUGGAAUCCUGUGGCAUCCAUGAAACUACAUUCAAUUCCAUCAUGAAGUGUGACGUUGACAUCCGUAAAGACCUCUAUGCCAACACAGUGCUGUCGGGUGGCACCACCAUGUACCCAGGCAUUGCCGACCGGAUGCAGAAGGAGAUCACUGCUCUGGCUCCCAGCACCAUGAAGAUCAAGAUCAUUGCUCCUCCUGAGCGCAAAUACUCUGUGUGGAUCGGUGGCUCCAUCUUGGCCUCCCUGUCCACCUUCCAGCAGAUGUGGAUCAGCAAGCAGGAAUACGAUGAGUCCGGCCCCUCCAUCGUGCACCGCAAAUGCUUCUAGGCGGACUGUUACUGAGCUGCGUUUUACACCCUUUCUUUGACAAAACCUAACUUGCGCAGAAAAAAAAAAUGAGACAACAUUGGCAUGGCUUUGUUUGUUUUUGUUUUUGUUUUUUUUUUU